CAUUAUAGUUAAUAUUUUGUGUAUUUUAAAAUCUGGCGCCCCAGGCCUCUUAAGAUUUACUUAAGAGUAAAUCUUAAGAGGUACUUUAGAACCUAAUUUAUUCUAAUUAAAAUUAAAGUAAGUGCUUUUGGAUUAUAGCACUAAUGUAAACCAUUGAUUCGUGAUCAAUCAAAGAUUAGUAUAAUUAAUGUGAUCAAUUCAUGAUACAAGGGAAUUUGGAUUAUUGGAGCAGAUUAUAGCAGGUCGUAGACGUAUAGGUAUACAUGAUGGCCUUUCUAUUAAUGAAUUUCCAUAAAAAUAGCUGAAAAUAUAAAAAAAUCAAUUUUUUACGUUAAAAAAUUAUGCGUUUUUAUUCAUUUUAUUUGCUUUUUUAAACAAGUCAUAGUUUCUAACCAAGCUUUGUAAAUGCAACAAGAUAAGAAAAUGGCGCGAACAUUGACAUUUCCUCAUGUUUUGACAGGGAGAAUUCCUUCCUCACAGCUGUGUCGUGUUUAUUUAGAUCGAUUUUCUCCAAAAAUUAUGAAUAAAAUCAAAUUCUGCAAAGGUGCUGGAAGAUUUUGUGAAAUGUAAGAUAUGUAAUCAAUAAAGUUUAGUAAGAAAUAAUUAUGGGUAUUACGGGUUUGAUACCUUUUCUUGAAAAGGCAUCAAGACGCGCUAAUGUUAGCGAAUUUAGUGGUUCUACCGUAGCUAUUGAUUCUUACUGUUGGCUCCACAAAGGAGCCUUCGCUUGUGCUGACAAACUGGUAAGAGGUGAAGAAACAGACAUCCACAUAAAGUAUUGCUUGAAAUAUGUAUCGAUGUUAUUAUCUAAUAAUAUCAAACCAAUAUUGGUUUUUGAUGGUAGACACCUCCCAGCAAAAGCACUGACUGAAUCAAAGCGAAGAGAAUCUCGUGAUACUUCCAAGAAAAGGGCAGCAGAAUUAUUGAGUCUUGGAAAGAUAGAUGAAGCUAGAUCAUAUAUGCGACGAAGUGUGGACAUUACCCAUGCGAUGGCACUGGCUCUGAUUAAGGAAUGUAGGAAUCGGAAUGUAGAUUGCAUAGUGGCCCCAUAUGAAGCUGAUGCGCAGCUGGCUUACCUGAAUAUUAAGAAUAUAGCUCAUCUGAUCAUUACUGAAGAUUCUGAUCUUAUAUUAUUUGGUUGUACUAAGGUUCUUUUUAAAAUGGACUUGGAUGGUACUGGUACACUAGUGGAAACAGCUCAACUCCCGUUGGUCAUGAAAUGUCCCAUAGAGCACUACAGAUUCGACAAGUUUCGACGAAUGUGCAUCAUGUCAGGGUGCGACUACUUGCCGUCUUUGCCAGGAAUAGGUUUGGCUAAGGCCAGACAGUUUGUGAAUGCAUCUCAGGACUCUAAUUUUGCUAAUGCCUUAAGGAAGUUGCCGAGUUUUUUCAACCGCUCAUCUUUGGUCGUGAGUGACGAGUACAGAGAGAGUUUCCUUAAGGCGGAGGCGACGUUCAAGCACCAAUACGUUUACGAUCCGCUGGAAAGGAAGAUGGUUAGACUCACAGAACCCGAUGACGAAGACGUAGAGCAAGCUUUGUGCGUGAACGCGGGAAAUUUGUUAGAGGAUGAGAUCGCAUUCCAGUUAGCGUUGGGCAAUCUAGAUCCAUUCUCGUUGAGGAAAAUGGACGAUUGGCAUCCGGACAACGCUGUUACGGAUGCCAAAGUGAAAACCGCUUCAUGGAAAGAGAAAGGUAUAGCUUCUCAUCCUAGCAUAUGGAGAGGGGAUUAUACUCGCCACUUAAAUGACGAAAAGCCUUGGGUUAAGAAGGAGAGAAAAUUGGAACCUAUAAUCGGUGCCCCAAACACCAGGACCAGGAAAAAAGUUGUUAAUUUGGUUCAGAAAUAUGUACCAGAGACGCAGGAUGAAAGUUUGACCAUAGAAAGCUUGAGUACCAUGUAUUGCGUAGAACCAGCUACUAAGAAGCAAAAAAUAAACUGUGAUACUAGUUUAAGCAUAACAUACACUCAAAACACACAGAAUUCUCAUAAUGUAGCGUUAGGAGAAGAAGACAUUGUUCGGGAGCUAUCAAAUAAUCAGCCGAGUAAAUCACCAAUUUUAGAAAAUAAGGAAAGAUCGUAUAAGAAAAGUUUGAAUAACAACUUGGUGCUUAAGAGAUUGAGUAAGUUUCCGAGGACUGUGCUCAGCGAGAACGUUGUUGAAAGCAAAUUCUUUAGUGCAACCGAAGAAAAAACGGAAGAUGGAAAUUUGUCUAGAAAUAGUGUAACAGUAGAAGAGUCUCCGGAUAAGCCUAGCAAGAAUCCAUUUAAACUCAAAUCUCCGGAGUCCAAUAAAGAUUCAGCUAUAGACACUCAGUGCGAUGAAAUACCAGAUUCGCAGUCGAGUCAAAGUUCAGAGAAAGAGAAUUCACCGAAGCAUUCACCGUUGAAGAGGGAACGAAGCCCUAUAUUAGAGCCUAGCCCGAGGAGCAGGAAUCCAUUCAAGAUGAAACCUGAAGAGUUAUUGAAUAAUUGUAGUGAAGAUUCUGUGAUAGAUAACACUUAUCCUUUAGAGAAUUUGGUGACGCCGGUGGAUUCACAGGUAAAACAUACUUACAUAUAUGCCAUAUUUUAUCCCUCGUGGGUUCAUGGCAUCAAAUAUUUAUGUUUUGUAAAAGUACAGCCAUAACAAUUUAUUUGACAUUUUUGUUAUAUAACACGGUCACUUGAUCUAUUGCCUCCUCUACACGAUGGGCCAGCACUGGCCCAGUGAGAUGGCCAUGAGGAGCUUGAACCACAGAACACAGGAAAAGGUUAGAAGGGUGAUCAUAGACCGUUUGUACUCGCCCCGGCUCGCCCCCACUACCCUUCCACCUAAUAGAUAAUAGCCAAUCAAGUGACGCGACAUCAAACAAUCACACCAAUCACCGCUCAUACUCGCGAGCAACGACGCAAUCAGAACCAAGUUUUGGUCAAGUUAUGAGCGUUUGCUCACACAUUACUGCCUGCCCUGCCCAUAAGUCCCUUCUAUUAACCCUUUAGAUAGAUAAAAACUUUAUUCGCACCAUCAUGCACACAUACCUAUGAGUAUCUAUUAAACGGGAGUAACCCUAAGUCUUAGAUUAAAACAAAAAGGGAAGAUACGGC